AUGCCGGCAGCUGCUGGCGACGGGCUCCUGAGCGAGCCCCCAGCGGCCAGCUUCGGCGACAGCGGGGGUGAGCCCACGACGCCUCCCCCUGGCCCGGAGGGAACUUUCCUGGCGGCCUGGGUCAACGCGGCGGCGUCCCGGGAGCGGCUUCGCGAAUUCCAGCACAUCAAGCGCGUUGGCAACUAUCUGAUCGGCAGGAAGUUGGGCGAGGGCUCCUUUGCCAAAGUGCGGGAAGGGAUGCAUGUAGUGACCGGAGAAAAGGUGGCAGUGAAAGUCAUUGACAAGAAAAGAGCCAAAAAGGAUACUUAUGUCACCAAGAAUCUGAGGCGAGAGGGACAGAUCCAGCAAAUGAUCCGGCAUCCUAACAUUGCUCAGCUACUAGAUAUCUUGGAAACUGAAAACAGUUACUACCUUGUCAUGGAGCUAUGCACUGGAGGCAACUUAAUGCACAAGAUCUAUGAGAAAAAGAGACUAGAAGAGCAUGAAGCACGCAAAUAUAUUUGGCAGCUAAUUCUAGCAGUUGAACAUCUACAUCGUGCUGGGGUGGUUCACAGAGACUUGAAGAUAGAAAAUCUCUUGCUAGAUGAAGACAGCAAUAUUAAACUUAUUGACUUUGGCUUGAGCAACUGUGCAAGUAUCUUGGGUUACUCUGAUCCUUUCAGCACACAAUGUGGCAGUCCAGCCUACGCAGCACCAGAGCUUCUUGCAAGGAAAAAAUAUGGUCCCAAAAUAGAUGUUUGGUCCAUCGGUGUAAAUAUGUAUGCAAUGUUGACGGGAACACUGCCCUUUACUGUGGAACCAUUCAGUCUGAGAGCUUUGUACCAGAAAAUGGUUGACAAAGAAAUGAAUCCCCUCCCCACUCAGCUCUCCGCAG